UCUCUAUUUCAUAUUUUCUGACGCAACAUCUGACACUCUGGCACAUCACUAACGCGGAAAUGAUACAUCGAAUAGCCCUGACAUAGCAGACACCGGCAUUUCGCGGUGGCGCCGCUGUCGCACCAGAGCGCGCACGCUCUCGUCGCGCCUCGUGCUCACUUUAGCAGACGAUCUUUUCGAUGCAGACGGCCGCAGUCAGCUAGCAUGCAGGGGCAUACAGAAGACACUUCUCGGCUCGUGACCGCAGAAACUUCACUGAACCUUCGCAAGAGGGUUCAACGAUGGCAACGUUGUCACGUGAUACUAUUCAUGAGUGCAUUUCUCACGUCUUUGGCCGGAAUUCUGGCGUUCGGACUUCUGGUGAAGAACUUUUCCGUCUUCUGUCCGUUGUCUGCUAAGGUAGUGGUGGAACGUGUAAAAAAUGGGACGCAGUACGACUUCACCCGUGGAUCGCAGUGGGGUGCGAAGGCGGCUUGCGAUUAUUGUUUAUUCACUACGGUGACUUCAUUCGUGUACGCUUUCCUCUGGCUGUGGAUUUUCUGCUCCUGCUCGGCUCCCAAGGCGGAAUCUGCUUCGAACUCGUACGCCCCGUGGCGCGUCGUUCCUCCAGCCAUUGUGGUCACGUGCCUUUUCUCCAUCCUCAUGCUCAGCUGCGCCGUCAUCCUGACAGUGGGUAGUUCUACCUUCUGCAGUACUUUACAGCAACAGUUGCAUCUCGAAAGUUGUAGCGACGCGCAGAGCAUGCGGUGGAGUACAAAGUACGUCAAGAUGGAGAACUUCUACAACCUCAUCACGAGGUCGGAGAUCGCUAUAUGGCUAGCAACAACUUGCUGGAUACUGAACUCAGCUCUCCUGUGUCUGCGAUGCGUCUGCUUGCAGCCUGACUUCCCGAAGCCUCCUGCCUGACCCCGCAACCGCCAGGACGACUACACUGUGUGCCAUACGCGCAGGCCUCGUCGGGCCAGCGGACCACCUUGUAGCGGGUCGCGGGUUGGCCUGCUGCAAAACCAGCAUCGCAGUCACGUGCCUGAUCAUCCAAUGAGCGACCGGCGUGCCUACGUAGCGCCUCCUGUCGACGCUGACAGCAAAGUAGCCGGGAAUGUUCGAAAUAUCAAGAACAUUCUUUGACAGGAGGCAGUCUAAACUGCAUCACGCCAACCCAACUGUGGAACGUUUUGGUGAGCGGUGUCCAAGAAACUCUAGACGUGACCUGGUCACGUGGGCCUAAGUCGUUGACGUCACGCAUGCGUUAGGAAAUGACGUAGAUCCUCGCAGACUAAGUAUGGCAAGAAUAUGAACAAUGUGACAAUAAUCACAAGAGGUUGAAUCGCGA